CUGCAGAACCACGUGCUGGAGGCCAAGGUGUUCCACACGGAGUACGGCACGGGCGUGGCCAUCCUCACCGGGGCACUGCGCUUCUCCCUGGCCACCAACAUCGAGGACCUGAAGCUGCGCAGGAUGCCCGAGGUUCCUGGUCUGCAGAAGCCGCCCUCGUGCUGGGCGGUGCUGUCCCAGGACAGAGUCACCAUCGUGCUGCUGGCCGUGGGGCAGGACCUGUACCUGCUGGACAACACCUCCUGCUCCGUGGUGACCCCCCCCGGCCUGAGCCCCUCGGCCGGUGCCUACCUGCAGCUGGCCGUGUCCUUCAGCUGCCGCUGCCUGGCGCUGCUCACCGACACGGGCUACAUCUGGAUGGGACUGGCCACGCUGAAGGAGAAGUUCUGUGAGUUCCACAGCAGCAUCCGAUCCCCACCCAAGCAGAUGGUUUG